UUGACACAGAUUGAAUAAAGGGACUUUUAUUUUGCUUCUUGGAGCCUGUCGUGUGGAGACCGUGGAGACGCUUCCUGCGCUGCCGCUCGUCUGUCGGUUGAGGAAAGAUUAAGAGGUCUUUUCCUUAGAUGCUGAACAAACAAUCUUAAAUGACACAAUCUUCAUUGAAGUCACUAUAACACCAGUUCAUCUAUAAAUACUGUGAAGAAGUCAAACAAGCAGCUGCUGUCACAACACAUUCAACUACUCUACUAUUCUGAUCCACUGUUGUAAUGAUGGAGUGUGUUAAAGAGGAGACUGAUCCUGAAUCAUUCACAAUAACACCUCAACAUACUCAACAACAAAGAGGUCUAAUGGAAGAGAAAGGGGAAAUUCAAAGACAAAAUGAAAUGGAGGAUGAACAUCAGCACCACAAUUUUAUAAGUCAAGAACAUUGCUCACAAACUGACGAGGAUUCAUCUCAAGAAAGAGCAGAAGCCAAAAUCUCUUUUGCAUGCCAUGUUAAUGGUGAGACGUUUUCACAAAAAGGACAUUUAAAUGUUAACCUAAAGACUUACACAGAAAUAAAGCUAUACACCUGUCCGCAGUGUGAUAAAUGUUUUAAACAACAAAGAAGUCUUAAUUCUCACAUAAAGACUCAUACAGGAGAAAGGCCAUACAGCUGUCCUCAUUGUGAACAGUCCUACAAAGAAAAAAGGCACCUUAAGGAGCAUUUAGUUACUCACACUGGUGAGAAGCCUUUCACGUGCCCUCAGUGUGAUAAGUGUUUUUUACGAAAAAGAAAUCGUAAUGUUCACCUUAAGACUCACACUGGAGAAAAGACAAACACAUGUGAAACGUCCUCGAAAGAACACAAAAUAGGUCACAGUGACCACAAGCCUUUCUCUUGCCCUCAAUGUGAAAAGAGUUUUACUCAAAGAGGAACCCUUACUGUUCACAUGAGGAUUCACAGUUUUAAUGGGCCUUACACCUGUCCUCAUUGCGGGAAGAGUUUAACAACAAAACCACAUUUAGAGAGUCACAUACGAGUUCACACUGGAGAGAAACCUUUCAGAUGCCCGCAAUGUGACAAGAGUUUUAAACAACGUGCACAUCUUCUGUCUCACAUACGAAUUCAUACAGGUGAGAAGCCUUACUCGUGCCAUCUGUGUGGUAAGGGUUACUCACAGGCAAGAAAUCUCAAAUUUCAUCUGCUGUCUUACCAUUGUGUAGAAAACCCCUAAAAGUGUUCACAUUGUGUAAAGAGUUUUAUUGAGUCUGUGACGCUGAUCAAACACAAGUGACUGUAUACUGGAGAGAAGCUGCACCGCUGUCAUUCAUGUUGGAGAAGUUUUAGACGAUCACACGGCUGCAGACUCGCAGAGAAAAGCGCUGUCUGCAGUACUCCAAAAUAUAUUCAAGUGGUGAUAUUUGUUCCUGUAGCUCAUGUCGUAGAGCAUUAUGUUAACAGUGCAAAAGGUCAUGGGUUCAAUCCCAAGAACACUUAUUUUGAUUAAAUGUAUCUUUAAUGUAUUGUAUCUUGCUUUGGAUAAAAGUGUCAGACAAAUGCAUUAAAAUGUAAAUGUUU